AUGCUUCUGGUAUUUUACAAGACGAAUGACAGGUAUUCUCUGUUUUAUAACCGUUUGAAGAACAUCGAGGAAAAUGAAGGAGGCCUUGAUAGAUUUACAAAAAGUUACAAAACCUUUGGAGUCAACCAAUUUGUGGAUGGUGGAAUAUAUUGCAAAGAGUGGGCACCCGGAGCAGAAGCAGUGUUUCUUGCAGGUGACUUCAAUGGCUGGAAUCCAUUUUCUCAUCCAUAUAAGAAGUUGGAAUAUGGCAAGUGGGAGUUGUUCAUUCCACCUGGGCAAGAUGGUUAUCCUCCUGUGCCUCAUGGAUCAAAGCUAAAGGUGGUGAUUCGUGCUCAAAAUGGUGACCUCCUCUAUCGUAUUUCGCCUUGGGCAAGAUAUGUAGUUCGUGAUGAAGACAAAGUGAAUUACGACUGGGUAUACUGGAAUCCACCACUGUCAUAUAUACAUAAGCAUCCUUCCCCCAAGAGAUUGAAAAGCUUAAGAAUCUAUGAAUCUCAUGUGGGGAUUGCUUCACCAGAAGGGAAAGUAGCUUCCUAUAAAAACUUCACAUACAACGUGCUACCUAGAAUAAAAGAUCUUGGGUAUAACUGUGUGCAGCUGAUGGCUAUUAUGGAACAUGCAUACUAUGCCAGUUUUGGUUAUCAGGUCACAAGCUUCUUUGCGGCAUCAAGCCGUUAUGGAACUCCAGAUGACCUGAAAGAAAUGAUUGAUGUUGCUCACUCGAUGGGCAUCACUGUUCUGCUGGAUGUCGUGCACAGCCAUGCAUCAAAAAACUCUGAAGAUGGUCUCAACAAAUUUGAUGGUACAGAUUAUUGUUUCUUCCAUUCUGGUCAUAAAGGAACUCAUCAGCUAUGGGACAGCAGGCUCUUUGACUAUGCAAA